CUUCCAUGCUUGGCCUUUUUAUUUAUAAAAAAAAUAAUAAUAUGAAAACGUGCGAAUUGUUAUUGUUUCUUCUCCAAAAUUGAACUCGUUUAUAAUGACCGAAGUCGCCAAAGUGAGGGUGAGCCCAUCACUUGUUGCAUGCACUUCCUGUCGAACCCCUUCAAGCUUUUGGCUCCCUUUUGACCCGAAUCCUAAUGAGUCCCAAUUAAGCCUGAUAGUACAAAAAUCAAUGCUUUAUCAGAUGCGGCGAGCCAGGCUAUUACUGCCAAGUGAUUCGUUCGAUGCUGACCCCAGGACACGAAACCGAACUUAUCUAUUGGUUAAAAAGCUUCGGUUUGAUCCCCAACACUCAAAUUUGCAAUAACGCGAAAGUCAAUGAACAUUGUAACAAGAUAAUGGAGUGGAUACCGGUCAAAACUAUCGAUUAUUAUCAGUGGAAGUGCAGGAAUUGCAGAGGGAAGAAAAGCAUCAGAGAAAAUUCGGUUUUUCAAGAUGUUAAAUGUAACUUCAAGAAUUCUAUCAGGAUUUUGCUGGGGUGGUGCAAGGGGUAUGAUGCGGAAUUGAUGGCCAACAUCUUAGGUGUUAAAUCACGUACUGUCAAAGUUCUUUACAAUGUGGUUUCUGCAUCAGCAAGAAAACAUUUAAAAUCUCAACAAAACAAGAAGGUUGGGGGCCCUGGAGUCAUCGUUUUAGUUGACACUUACCCUGAAGGUUGUACAAACAGCUCAAGGCCAAACCAAGCCAAUCGACCCAUAUUAUGUAUCGCUGAAAUAAAGGACAUUCCUCCAAAUUAUUGGUUUGAGGCCUUAAAUCGGUACCACCGUAACAACGUCCAACAAAUCAUGGACGUAAAACAGCACAUUUUAACCGUUGUCCAAGACGUCGUCCUCCCUGGCUCCAUUCUAGUGUCCCGGCAAGAUUCCACCUUAUGUUCAUUUUUUGAUUUACAAAAAUUGUCCCACAUUUACCCAACUAUAGUGAGCGUUGAAGGACUCGCCCGUCACAAUUCGACCAAUCAGGAAAUUUUAGCAAACCUUGAAAUUAUAUGGAAGCUGGCAUUGAAUGUGUGUGAGGAAGCUCAGUUUUUUAAUUAUGAACAAGUACCGAAUUUUUUGAUUAGUCAAAUGUGGCAUUCGCGAUUUGGCAAUGAAUCGUUUGAAACACUCUUAAAUCGUCUCGCUGACUUGCAAUAAUGGGUUUUUGUUUAUCAAUUUUUUUGAAGCAAUAAUUGUGUUUUAUGUUUAGGUGCUUGUAGUUUGUUGUUUAUAUGAUAUUACAUAUCUGAUAUUUUACAUCACGUCAUGUUUCCGGUUUUUUUAAAGAAAUUGUUGCAAAACACCAGAUUUAAGUUUAUGUAAAAUUUUAAACAUGUUAUGAUAUUAGUGUUAGGUGUCUGAGUUGGAACAAUAACUUUAUAUAUAAAAACGUAUAUUUAUUUUUGCAAAAAAUACAACUUAAUUAUAUGAAAUAAAUACAAACUAAAAACAUUUUAUUUCUGUGCAAAUAAAGUAUUGUAAAUUGUA